AUGUCGAGCAUCAUCAACAAAGUCAAAGAGGCUGUCACUCAUGACAAGCACGAGAAACCUUCUCACUCCACCAACGCUGGUCCUCAUGACUCCAACAUUGCCAACAAGGCCGACCCUCGUGUCGAUAGUGAUCGUGAUGGACGUGCUCAGCACACCUAUGGCACUACUGGUGCUACCGGUACUACUGGAUUGAACACUGGAAACAACUACGCACAAAACGAGUACGGUACUGGCUCUACUAACGCCGGCCCUCACAACUCCAACGUUGCCAACAAAAUAGACCCUCGUGUCGACAGCGACCUUGACGGCCGUGCUGUUCACGGAAACACUGGAUACUCGGCUACCGGUAUGAACACCGGAAGCAGCACUUUGGGAAACACAUAUGGCACCACUGGCUCUACCAACGCCGGUCCUCACAACUCCAAUGUUGCCAACAAGAUGGACCCCCGUGUCGACAGCGACCUUGAUGGACGUGCUGUUCAUGGAAACACUGGAUAUUCUGCUACCGGUAUGAACACCGGAAGCAGCGCUAUGGGUAACACAUACGGCACCGCUGGCUCUACCGAUGCCGGUCCUCACAACUCCAACGUUGCCAACAAGAUGGACCCUCGUGUUGACAGCGAUCUCGACGGUCGUGCUACUCACCACAACACUGGUUACAACACCACUGGAAAUACCACUGGGGUUGCCGCUGGCGGAUAUGGCACUGGUGCUACUGGUUACGCCAACAAUGGUCCUCACAACUCCAAGAUGAUGAACAAGCUGGAUCCUCGUGUUGACAGCGACCGUGAUGGACGAAACGCUUUUGGUCAUAAUGGUUCCGCCGACACUACCACCAAGUCUUUCGAGCAGUCCCAGACUGAGUCUACUCCCACCUCAACCACCGCUCACGGUGCAGGCUCAACUAACCACGGCCCUCACAACUCCAAUCUCAUGAACAAGUUGGACCCUCGUGUUGAUAGUGACCGCGACCACCGGGCUGCCCACGGCGGAAUGACUGGCACCACAGGUACCACUAUGGGUGCUGGCGCUGGUGGUAUGGGCGCCGGUGCUAUGGGUACCUCAACCACUGGCCACCAUGGUCACCACGGCCACGGCAUCGGAGCUGGUGCCACUACUACCGCUGGCCCUUAUGACUCCAACAUGGCCAACAAAAUGGAUCCUCGUGUCGACAGCGAUCGUUCGACCUAUGGCACCACUGGUCAGUAUGGUACCACUGCUGGCACUGGCAUGACCGGUACUAGCACGACUGGUGGUCACCACUACAAUACUCGUAGCACCAACGCCGGACCUCACGAUAGUAACAUGGCCAACAAGGUGGAUCCUCGCAUCGACUCUGACAUGGACAACCGUGCUCGCCACCAGCACAUGGGCACCACUGGUGCCCCUGCAGGUAGCAGCUAUGCUUCCACAGGAGCUGGUCAAACUCAAGGCAGCGUUGGUCCUCACAAGUCUAAUGUCUUGAACAAGCUUGACCCUCGUGUUGACUCCGACUUGGAUGGCAGCCGUACCGUUGGAAACACCCAGCGCCAGUACUAA